UCCACCGACCCAGGGAAAGCUCCCAGUUAGUUUUUCCUCAAACAUUAUCAAAAACUGGGCUUCUAGAUCGCGAGAUCUCAGUUUUGGCGACCUAGAAAACAGUCGGUGGUGAAAAAUUCGCGUUAAAAAUUGUGUAUCUAUCGCAAAUUUAAAUAUUUUUAACUCAAGGAGACCAAGCUUUCGAGCUCAGGAAGCAGCGUUCCAGAUUUCUGUCCUGGGUUGAAAUACCCUUAGGUUAUUUCUCUGAUCACAAUAUGGCUGGAGCCGAUCCAAAAUGGCAGAAAGACGCGGCAGACCAGAAUUUCGAUUACAUGUUUAAGCUGCUCAUCAUCGGUAACAGUUCCGUUGGGAAGACUUCCUUUUUGUUCAGAUAUGCAGAUGAUAGUUUCACGUCAGCAUUCGUCAGCACGGUGGGCAUCGAUUUCAAAGUAAAAACAGUUUUUAGACAUGAGAAACGCGUCAAACUACAAAUAUGGGAUACCGCAGGGCAAGAAAGGUAUAGAACAAUUACAACGGCAUAUUAUAGAGGAGCCAUGGGCUUUAUUUUAAUGUAUGAUAUUACUAAUGAAGAAUCGUUUAAUAGUGUACAGGAUUGGGUAACACAGAUCAAGACGUACUCUUGGGACAAUGCCCAGGUAAUCUUAGUGGGUAACAAAUGCGACAUGGAGGACGAGAGGGUGAUUAGUUUCGAAAGGGGUAAGCAGCUGGCAGAACAGUUAGGGGUGGAGUUCUUUGAAACCAGCGCCAAGGAGAACAUUAACGUCAAGGCUGUAUUUGAGCGUUUAGUGGACAUAAUCUGCGACAAAAUGUCCGACAGCUUGGACACCGACCCAACGUUGAUGUCCGGUUCAGGGAAGGGCCAGCGUCUCACCGAUGCCCCUCAAGGGCCUCAAGCGGGCAACUGCAAUUGUUAAUAUCCUAUUACGUAAAUCCUAUCAUUAAAAAAACACGCCAUUGUAACUCUGAACCCAACUCAGCAAAACUGAGUCAGUAUUUUACGCCCAACAAAAGUUCAGUCAGAGUUGGAAUAGCGUCAGAGUAUUUAUACAUACGAUUAUUACAUUACUAUAGUACCAGAACACAUGUGCUUUGGAUUUCAUGUGCUGAAGUUUGUGUGAACUUUGAUUCUCUAUACCUUUGACCAGUCGUUUUUGUAUUUUUCUUUCUUCAGUUUUGUUUUUAUUUUAUUUUUCGUAAUGUGUCUUGCUUACUAAAGGAGAAGUUCUGUAACAUUUACUAAGUAACUAAAAAUUUAUUCAUAAUUUGUGAAACUAUGAUGAACAUUUAUUUUAUUUUAUAUAAUAAGCUAUUUUACCAUCAUUGAAUACCAUUGUAUGUGAAAACACAGAGCAUACAGUGUGAUCAAGUAAAAAUAACAUCUCGAUUUACUCUGUUUAUCUCUAAAACUAAUUUGAAGUUCUUGUCAAACAAAAUUUACAUUUGAAAAAAAAAAGGAAGCAUUUUAGAUAGUUGGUUAAUUUUUAUAUCAACUAAUAGUUAUAAUAUUCUAAUACAAUUUGAUACUUUUUUUAAUAAUGGUCAUUAUUAAGAAAGCUAUAAAUAUUAACACUGUUAAAGAACUUCUAGUAUGUAGCUUAAGACACAUAUUUUUGAGACUGACCUACCAAACUUUCAAUCUAUUCUGCGCAUAAUUUACUGAAAAAGUGUAAUAUAUAAACACUAACAACACACCAACGAAUUUCAUGUCGUUGUUAGUUAACUAAUGCUUAGAAAAUUAAGUUACACCUCUUAAAAGAAAUAUAAUUAAACCAAUUUUUGAAAACCUCUGCGAUUUAAAACCUUUUAUUAAAUUUGUCACUUUAUAGUAAAAAAAAGUUUCACUAAAAAACUAGAUAACUGUAAGCGACAAAUGUAAUGAAAAUAUUCUGAAAAAAUAUAAAUUAAUAUUUGUACUGUAUGCAUGUAGUAACUUUGUUAAAUAAUUACAAAUAUUAUACCUACCGAGAGUUUUAAGAAAAAAAAUCUUAGUGUUCAAAGCGUUUUAAAUGCUACUUUAUUUCAAUGUAGUAAAUGAAAGCUUCAUAAAUAUGUGUAAAAGUAUACAGAGUGUUUCUAAAAAGCCUAUAUGAAUUUCUUUUUUAUUUUUAAUAAAUUAUUUUUAAGAGAUUUACCAGCAGUUGUAAAGAAUUGAAAUUUUAUGUUUGUCAUAAUGAUUUACCUUUAGAAAUAUACAGGGUGGUUCGAACUGUAUUCCGGAAACUUUGGCAGCAUAUUUUCCAAAUAAAAAUAAGUAAAAAGUUUGUAUAAAUGAAUGUCCUACAAUGGGCUUAGUUUCGCAGAUACAGGGUGUAGAAGUUUCAUUCCUAAUUCGAUUAUUUCCAAAUAAUUUCUAAAGUAAUGUCAAUAUUUGGUUGAAAAUUGUUGUUUUGGCAUGAGAAAUUUGAUUUUGAUGUCAAUAUGCCUCCUAUUUGUACGGGGCUCCACCUACAUGAAAAGAAAUCGUUGUUAAUGUGUAAUUUUUUACUCAGUAGUUUUAUACAGUUACGGACGAAAAGUUAUUAACCUUCAAAACAGUUAAAACACAUGUAGGUGACAGAUAAGAGUCAUAUUGACAUCC